UGUCGAAGUCACGGAUAUAAAAAGGGUACGAGAAACCGUCACCCUUCUUCUUCUCUCUCGCUCUUUGAUCUUUCCCUCUUGUCUCCUUCAAAUCCGUUCUUCCUCGAGAUCAUUUUCCUUCUCUAUUACAAACUUUUGUUUCAUUUUCAAUUGCUUCCCUCUCCCCUCUCUCUCUAUUCUCACAUCAGAAUGAACGGGAAGGCCUCUGUUUCCAAGGAGCUCAACGCCAAGCAUUCCAAGAUAUUGGAAGCACUUUUAAAGCAUCCAGACAAUCGAGAAUGUGCUGAUUGUAGAUCAAAGGCACCAAGAUGGGCAAGUGUGAACCUUGGGAUAUUCAUAUGUAUGCAAUGUUCUGGAAUCCAUCGCAGCCUUGGUGUCCACAUCUCUCAGGUUUCCUCGUUUUUUUUUUUUUUUAAAUUCUUUGUGUUUGAAACAUGCAUCAGACACGUUACUGAUGUUGAUGGUUUUUUUUUUCGGAAACAGGUGAGGUCUAUAACUCUGGAUACAUGGCUACCUGAUCAGGUUGCUUUCAUGCAAUCUACCGGUAAUGCUAAGGCAAAUCAGUAUUGGGAAUCAGAACUGCCUCCUCAUUUCGAGAGAAGUUCAAGCGACGCGUUUAUCAGAGCAAAAUACAACGAUAAGAAAUGGGCUUCACCGGGAGGUAAACAACCGGCUCCUGUAGUUAACCAGCUAAGCUGCAAAGUUAGUCACUCGGUAGAGAGAGGACAUAAGCCUGAGACUCCAACGAAAACAAGAACUCGUUCCCUCGAUGAAGAUAUCCUUCUUAAGCACGUUCUUGAAGUUACACCACCAGAAACAAGAAUCCGUGCGGGCUCGGUAGAUAUGAAGAUGAAGGAGAAUGUAUAUGUUCUACCUCUACCAGUGGGGAUAAAUGUCAAUAAGCCAAAUCAAAAGAAUGAGAUUUUCUCUGGAGAUUUGUAUCAGAAUAGAAGAACCACCAUUGCACCACCCUCGAGCUGGGCUACUUUCGACUGAAGAAGAAGAAGAAGGAGAAGAUGGAGCUUUUAAUCAUCAUGUGGGCUUUUAGUUAUGGUCAACAGGUUGGCAAAGAUGGGGUUAUGAUGAACUCAAAAGUCAACAAUGGAGUUUUGUUCUGUUUUUCUAUGUUUCUUUUAUCUUUCAAUAUAUAUUUUUCUAUAUUCAAUCUUGGUUGCUUGUAACUAAAUCAUUAAAGUACAAUGGGAGAGAAAGAUCUUGGACCAAAAGAAAAAGCAAUAAAAGUCACCAGUGUGUAUUA